AUGUCGUCGUCAGAGGGUGCGCCGGAGUCAUGGAUCUCCUCGUUCUGCUCCUUGAUGGGCCAUGAGUUCUUUGCCGAGGUGUCGGAGGACUUCAUUGAGGAUGACUUCAACCUGACUGGGUUGCAGUCGCAGGUGCCGAUGUAUAAGGAGGCACUGGAGAUGAUUCUCGACGUGGAGCCCGAGGAGGACGAGGAGGAGGAAGAGGAAGAGGAGGAGGAAGACGAAGAUGAAGUGCUAGGCGAUGAGCGACCCAUUGGCUAUCGCAGGGCAGGCGACCGGCGGCAUGCUCGCGUGGCGAGUGAUUUGAGCGUUAUCGAGAGCUCCGCAGAGCUGCUUUACGGAUUAAUUCACCAGCGAUACAUCACCUCGCGCCCCGGUAUCCAACAGAUGCUCGAAAAAUAUGAAAUGCAACAUUUCGGCGUCUGCCCCCGCGUCAACUGCGGCGGAUGCAAGGUCCUGCCCGUUGGCCGAUCUGAUACCCCGGGCCAGGAAACGGUCAAGCUGUUCUGCCCGAGCUGCAUGGAUAUCUACACUCCACCGAAUAGCCGCUUCCACUCGGUGGACGGAGCAUUCUUCGGCACCACAUUUGGCUGCCUAUUCUUUAUGACUUUCCCAGAUCUCAGUGUUGGACCUCGCCUGGACGGCGCGCUGACCGCCGCGGCUCUGGCCAACCGAUCCCCGCCUCCCCAGAUGCCGAACGAGCCGCCCACGCCAGAUGAACAGCCGCUGGAGAUUAACGGCAUGCACGCGUCCAACUUCUGUCCCGGCCUUGGACGCGGCAAGAUCUAUGACCCCAGGAUCUAUGGGUUCAAGGUUUCCGAGGUCUCGCGGGUGGGCCCACGCAUGAAGUGGCUCCGGAUGAAGCCGAGGGACAUCUACGAGGUGGAUGAGGCGCGGAACCACGAGUUCAACACAGUCUAUCGCGAGGAAGAGGCGCGAGAACACGAAGCACGCGAACGUGAGGCUGACAAAGAUGGCGAUACGGAAAUGAAUGCUGAACAAUCACAAGAAGCGGUAAUUGCGAAUCGGAAAAAGGCACCCAUGCGGCGGCGACGACCGACACCGGGCCAGGCGGCCGCGCCUUCGGACCAAAUGAGCGUGCAGAGCGCGGAGAUCGGCUAG